AUGAAGAUCCAGGGACGUACUUUCAUUGUCACAGGCGGGGCCUCCGGCCUUGGUCGCGGUUGCGUGGAUAUGAUCAUCCUUCAAGGGGGCAACGCUGCGGUCAUCGACACCAACAGCAAUCUCGGCACCGCAGCGACUACGGAACUCGGACCUUCGAUGAAGUUUCUGCAUUGCGAUAUCACCAUUACGCAGAGUGUUGCCGAUGCCAUCAAGGCCACUCUAGACUGGGCACAAGAAGCCGGCAAACCCGUCGGCGGUAUCAUCACUGCUGCUGGAACUGGCUCUCCGUGCAUGCUACUGGAUGCAGAGCGCGUCCCUUGCUCUUACGCGCACAUGGAGACCGUCCUAAACGUCAAUUUGCGGGGUACCCUGGAUCCCAUCCGCCAGCUUCUGCCUCACUUAGCCACUGUGUCCCCAGAGGGACCGGACGGAGAGCGCGGCGUUGUGAUCAUGGUGGCCAGCUCCGCAGCUUUCGAGGGACAAUCUGGUCUGGUCGUCUAUUCGGGUAGUAAAGGGGCAGUGGUAUCAAUGACGCUGCCCAUGGCACGGGAUCUUGGCCAACACGGCAUUCGUGUAGUUACAAUUGCGCCAGGCUUGUUCGAGACGGGGAUGACGGCGUCCAUGCGACCACAGGACCGCGAGAUGCUGACCGGGGCUAUGGAGUUUCCUCGGCGACCAGGAAAGCCGGAAGAAUUCGCUAGGCUUGUGAAAGAGGUGAUAGGAAAUACCAUGUUAAAUGGUGAGGUGAUCCGACUUGAUGGCGGAGCUAGGUUGCCGAAGGUUUUCUAG